ACCCCACCCAAGAUGGCAUCGAGUUGUGAAGUGGAGUUUUCCUUUGAUUACAAAUCUCGAGGCGAAUCUAAGCAGCUGAAAGCCAGCUUGCCUAUUCCUUAUGAAGGGAAUAUACGAGAAACUGCAGCUAGACUGAUGACCAUCAACGAGAUACCCUCCCAUCUUUUUGAAGAAGAACUCGUUUCAGCUCUGGGGGCUUUUAUCAGUGAAGAGACGAGAAAAUGGAGAGAUAGGAUAGGAGAUGACGCCAUUUUGAAAGCUUUUGAAGGAGGCACUAUAGACAAACAAGUGAACGAAUGGGUUUCUAGAUAUACUCAUAACCACGCCCACUUUACAACCCUCAAGAAGGUACCGGACGACCCAUUCCCUUCCAUAUACCUCCAGCUAGUCCAUUCUCCCGCCUUGACGACACUACUCCAAUUAGAGCACACCUACAGCCUAUCAAUGAAUGACAUUAGCAGUGCCGCGAGAAACGCCGUCACUAAUAUGCACAAAAAACAUGACAAAGAGUUAGAAAACAUGUUACAAAAGACAGAUACUGAUGUCAAUAAAUUAAUGAGACAACACGUGUUUGAGAAGAAGGAGUUGGAGGAUAAAUGGAUGCUUGAAAUUAAUGAGCAACAAAACGUACAGAAGAGAGAAUACCGAGACUGGUUGAGCCGCCUCCAUGAAGAACUCUACGAAGAAACAACUACAACUGGAGGAGGAGGAGGGGGAAAGAAACAAAAAAGUAGGAAGAAAUCUGCAUUGGCUGAGCUACAGUCCAACCAGCAGCCGAUGAUGAUAGAAGAUGUACAACUACCAAAUGAGAGGAUGGAGGAAAGUUUCACGAUCUACUUGGGUGCACAGCAGAAAAGCUCCCACAGCCUAAGACUAAUAUGCAGCAACAUUAUAUCAUAUUGUACUGAUUCCAGAGACCCAGCUGCUGCUAGUGCCGACAUUGCAGGUAGUAUGAGACUCAACCCACGAAGAAUAGAGACAGCAGUAUCACUGUACAGUACUGAACUGACGGCAUUGAUACUGAACACUGACCGAGAGAUCAAUACCAUAUCUGGACUGAAAGAAGUUUUUGCUGAUUGUUGUCGUCUCUCGACCGACUUUCAUUUUCCGUCGAUUGAUGAGCAGCUGCUGACAGUCCAAGGAUUUGCAACUGAAAUAAAAGAAACACGAGAGACAAUGAAAGGAGAGAAAGUGGGCGGAGACUCUACUGACACCACCUCCCCUAAUAAGAUUAAUUUUGAAUCUAGUCUUAGUAACAUGAGCCUUUCGCCAGACAGGAGCUCAGCUAAUUCUUCUCUUCUUGGCAGUCUCAGUAAUCCAGGAUUGUCUCCUAAAUCCGUUUCAUCACUUGAGACGGACGAGGGCGUGACACUUGAGCCAGGUGAUUUCUAUAUAACUCGUCACUCCAAUCUAUCACAAGUCCAUGUUAUAUGUCACCUGGUCUCAGACGAUAAAGCGAUACUGAAUCCAUCUCUGAACACAAGACAUCCCAUAAUGUUGGGACUACGGAACAUCCUCCGUACUCUAGCGAGAAACAGAAUACAUAAAGUUAUAAUUCCGUUAUUACUGACAGAUCAGAUGAAACCAGAUAUGACGAUUAACUGGUGUCUGAAGAGAGCUGAACUGGUUUUUAAAUCCGUCAAAGGGUUUCUGCUUGAGAGUACCACAUGGCAGUCCGAUCAAACCUGGACAGUCCAGUUCCUGUUACCAGAAGGUAUAUCUGAUGAUGGUUUUGAACAGAUCAGUGAUUUAUUGUCUAAGACUUAUCGUACCUCAAUCUCAAGGUCUCUGAGUGGAAACACUUCCGGAGUUAGAAUAGUUAAUUAAAAACACAUGCAGGAAAAGCAAUUGUGUUUUAUUAUUUAUUUUAUCACUUAUUAUUAAUUAAUUAUGCUGAUUUUAUUUGUACAUUAUUAAUAUUGAAUUUAAGUGAAAGUUCAUCUGUCAUGUGAUCCA